GCGCCAUCUGCUAUCGCAACUGCGAAGUCGUCGUCAUCCUGUUAUUUAAUAAUGCAAAAAAUGCAUAAUGCAAAAUAGUACAAAUCAUGUUUAAAGUUGCGAAUCGAAAUCCUGUAUAAUCGGGAAUAAGCAUUAACCCCAUCUUUAAGUUAACUCUAGUUUGCCAUUCAAAAUUGUGACAGUAUCCAUAAUCACGGAUUCACCUUCGGCCGAUCUAACAUUUGUUGUCAAAAAGGUUAUACAAAUUUCGUCAGAUUUCGAUUCGCAAGGGAAAAGGUCCUAAAAAAAUUAUCAAGUGUUGUUUUUUGUCAGUCACAAGGCCAGCCCCCAAAAACAACGUUAAUGUUAAUCUAAAAACCACCCCCCACUCCGUCCGCGCCACCACAUAAAAUGUUCUCACUGCAAAACCAAAAUCAGGCUCUGCUUUCGCUGUCACAAGUGUCAGCGAUUUUAACACCUCGUCAGAAUGCUUUCUUCCAAAAGAAAUCUGCGCGCAGCAAGAAACCCAAGUUUUUGUGCAUCGAGAGCUUCCUUGAGACUGUCAAGAACUGUGACUAUUCAUUUAGCAAACAUCUGAGUCCAUCUCUGGUCUUCGAUAAUCACUUCCUUAACAAAUUGAAUGUGUCCUACAUUUCAUCAGAUACCUUUUUUGAGAACAAGUAUGGAUUAUCGGAAAGUGAAAUAACACGUCCAAAAGUCCCUACACUGGUGAUUAAUAAGAACCACCCAUUUCAUCUUCCCAAUGGCUUCUGCACCAGCUUCCUGUCCAGCAUAACAAGUAAAAAUGUUUUCACAUUUGAUGUGCAAGUUAGGGGUUUCAAGACUGAUCGCAGUGUUCGUGCUGAACUGGACAGAAAUCCAAGUUUACUUGCAAGGAUCAAGAAUAUGUUUGGUUUAAAUGAGAUACCUGAAGUUAAAGCAGAGGCAAAUACAGUGAGUGGAGAGAAAUUAAAUAAAAUGUUGAGUGUUGAAGAUCCUAACAUGACAGAUAUGGAGAAACAGAGAAUCAAAAUUGCAUUUGCAGAAGGUUACUUAGUAGGAAACAAUCCAAAAAUGAGCAAGGCAGCCAAGUACUUUAAAGUUGUCCAACAAGUAUUAACAAUUGCUAUAUUUUUGGCCAUUGUUGUUAGUCUUCUAGCAAGUACAAGUGGAUCAGUUUUCAGAAGGGCUUUUAGAAUUCAAUUGGGUAAUCAGGUAGAGGUCGAUCCUGAGGACAUCCAUGUAACGUUCGAUGAUGUAAAAGGGGCAGACGAAGCUAAACAGGAACUCAAAGAUGUGGUGGAGUUUCUAAAGAGCCCACAGAAGUUCUCAACGUUGGGCGGAAAGUUACCAAAGGGUGUAUUGUUGGUUGGCCCUCCAGGUACAGGAAAAACUUUACUCGCUCGUGCCGUAGCUGGAGAAGCGGGAGUUCCAUUCUUUCAUGCUGCCGGUCCUGAAUUUGACGAGGUUCUUGUAGGACAAGGUGCUAGGAGGGUUAGGGAUUUGUUCAAAGCAGCAAAAGAGCGCGCGCCUUGUGUAAUAUUCAUCGAUGAAAUUGACUCUGUUGGGGCGAAGAGGACUAACAGUGUUUUACAUCCGUACGCUAAUCAGACCAUCAAUCAGUUACUAAGUGAGAUGGAUGGCUUCCAUCAAAAUGAGGGAGUGAUUGUAUUAGGAGCAACAAAUCGUAGAGAUGAUUUAGAUCAAGCACUUCUACGUCCUGGUCGUUUUGACGUUGAGGUGAGCGUUCCAACGCCUGAUUACACAGGCAGAAAGGAAAUUCUGGGUCUAUAUUUGAGUAAAAUUUUGGCUAAAGGAAUCGAUGUAGAAUUACUAGCACGGGGAACGACUGGUUUCACGGGAGCAGAUCUAGAAAAUAUGGUGAAUCAAGCAGCACUCAGAGCUGCUAUUGAAGGGGCGGAUUGCGUAAGCAUGAAAUAUCUUGAGUCUGCCAGAGAUAAAGUACUGAUGGGACCAGAACGUAAAUCGAGAAUACCUGAUGAGGAGGCAAAUCAGAUAACUGCAUACCAUGAGGGAGGACAUGCCAUCGUUGCUUAUUUCACAAAAGACAGUCAUCCACUACAUAAGGUUACUAUAAUACCGAGGGGACCAAGCCUCGGACACACUGCCUACAUUCCAGAGAAGGAGAGAUAUCAUGUAACCAAAUGCCAAAUGCUUGCGAUGAUGGACACCAUGAUGGGUGGAAGGGCUGCAGAAGAACUCGUAUUUGGUCCUGAUAAAAUCACUUCAGGUGCUAGCUCUGAUUUAAAACAAGCAACUUCAAUUGCCACCCAUAUGGUUAAAGACUGGGGAAUGUCGGAGAAAGUUGGGCUGCGAACUUUGCCAGACAAUAAAACAUUCACAAGCGGUGACACUUUGGGACCUUCUACAAACGAAAUGAUCGACUUGGAAAUUAAGAAAAUUUUAUCGGAUAGCUACGAGCGCGCCAAGCUGAUCCUGAAGACUCACGCGAAAGAACAUAAGGCACUGGCUGAAGCACUGCUUAAAUACGAGACUUUAGAUGCGGAGGAUAUAAAAGCAAUAAUGUCGGACAAGUCACCGAAUAUAGAUUUGAAGUCGUAAUACUAUGUAACUUCCUUUCUUUUUUUUCUUAAAGGCGAGAUUUUUUUCUUAUUUUUUUUUGCUGUUUCUCCUAGUUUAAAAAUCGUUUGAAAUAAUAUAUAAAUAUCUAUUGAUUUUAUUAGUGCUUUUUGGUGUGCCGGCCGAAAGUGACUUAGUAGUUAUAGAAAUAAUAUCACGUACUUCUUUGCAUACAUAAACAAGGCGCAUGUACAGCGGCUAAUUAAGUCA